CCCAGCUUGCAUAUCACCGUAGUGAUAUGGAUCCUCCCACACCAAAAAACACAAGCACUCAUCCGCGAGCCUCUCACACCCGCACCACACCGACCACAUCUACUACCACAACACCUCUGCCAUGCUUGGGACGCUUAAUCCGCCAAAAAUUCGACGUUGGCAGGAUUCGAACCUACGCUCCCGAAGGAACAAGAUUUCUAGUCUUGCGCGAUAACCACUCCGCCACAACGCCAAAGGUUAAUUGUACAGACGUUCACACCAGGAAACAAACGCUGAUUGCCCUCUGCCAGAAUCGAACUAGCGAUCUUAUCAUUUGCAAUCCAGGUCUCCCACUGUGAGGGGGAGUUGGGUACUAGUGAUACGCUUUACCACUAAGCCAAGAGGGCGAUUGCUGAUUGGU